UGCACGGCAGUGGGGUCCGAACGGGAGCGCGCGUGGUGUUACGUAGUAUGUUUUGAGCGGGAGCGAGCCUUAGCUCUGAGCUGGGCUGGUGUGGGUCCGGUCCAACAGGAAGUCAAAGCAACGGUCACCUUUCUAACGGUCGAGCUGUGCCUUCCUUGAACGACGUGACAGACUAGAGAUGUCGGGAGAUAACGAAGAAAGACAAACCACCGAGGAGACGACGACGGUGGAGGAGACGGAAGUCCGGGACAAGGUGAUCAGUCCAGAGAAGGCAGAGGAGGCUAAACUGAAGGCCAGGUACCCAAACCUGGGAAAUAAACCUGGAGGCUCUGACUUGCUUCGUAAACGCCUGCAGAAGGGGCAAAAAUACUUCGACUCUGGUGACUACAACAUGGCCAAAGCAAAGAUAACGAACAAGCAGCUGCCAGCAGCGGCACCGGAGAAGACGGAGAUCACAGGAGACCACAUCCCCACCCCACAGGACCUGCCCCAAAGAAAACCCUCCCUGGUGGCCAGUAAACUGGCCGUCUCGUCCACAUGAAGCACCAGGAGCCCUGCAGCAUAACCCACUCCUCAUGUCUGAGCCGCAACCCCACCCAGAGUGUGUGAGUGUGUGUGUGUGUGUGUGUGUGUGUGUGUGUGUGUGUGUCAGGCUUCAGCUUUUACUACAUUUCACAUCGGAUUAGUGGAUCAGGCCCGUUCUGCUGAACCCUAGCGGGGUGGGAGAAGCACUAAUCUGGAGGCGGGGCCAGCUGUAGUCUUCUUUUCUGAUGAUUAACUCUUUAAUUCAUUGACGAUGUGCAGAUAUUAAAGUCCUGAGAUGCUGUGUAACGGGCAGGUUUCCUCUACCACAGGUGCUGCUGCAGACUGUGGUACCACCGUUAGUCUCCUGAGUGGUGCUGUUUGUGCACCGGGGCAGGGGAGGUUGCUAGUGGGGGGACCAGCCCGCGUGUCCGAGUACAACUACCAUUAAAGGAAAGAGUGGUGUAAACCUGUGUAAUUAUGGGUUUAAUCCUAAAAAUGCUUUUAAAGGGUCUUUGUGACAGGACUGGAGGAGCCAGCUGUGCAUGUGCAUGGCCACACCGCUGUCGUAACGUGCCAUUUGGUCUGUAAAUAAACUAGUUUUGCACAAA